GAGAAUGGAAUUCAUUUGGAAAUGUGUAUUCACACGAAAUAAGUCAUGCGGAGAGGGCUGCAGUGGACAUCUGUUUACAUAAGACCAUGUAACCUGUGGAGUUAUCAAAGAUUCAAAGAACAACACUGAAUCACAAUGAGAAGAGAAAAGAAGCAAAGAAGUUAAGCAAUACCCCUUAAGCUUUCCUAGGGUUAAGAUGAAGCGUGAACUUUUGUGCCUUGAAAGGAUGCACAUGAUGGCAUAGCCCUUCAUUCAGAGUUGAAGAAAAGGAAACAGGAAACAAAUACCCUAUCUACUCCUUUACCACAAGUUAUUAUUAUUGUUGCAUUUUUGUGUUCAAGGGUUAUGUAUCUCUGAACAGCCAUGAAAGGGCUUCCUGGAAAACAAAAAACAAACAAAAAGAAUGUGUGUCCUCACUCACAUGGUUUUACUCUACCAGAGAGAGGAGGAUCACAGACACCGGCCGACACUGAAAUUUUAAGUGUAGACACUGUACUUCGCAAAAUCAUUGAAUCCUGAGCUCACUUGCUGUCCAAGGGAAGCCAUGCAGGAUGAAGAUGGAUACAUCACCCUAAAUAUUAAACCUCAGAAACCAGCUGUCUCCUCAGCUGACCCUGCUUCCUCUUCUUGGUGGCGUGUGAUGGCUUUAAUUCUGCUGAUCUUGUCUAUGGGGAUGGUUGUUGCACUGGUGGCCCUGGGGUUUAUGUCUAUCACACAGCAAAAUAACCUACAGGCUGAGAAUGAAAAUCUCUCAGGAACUGUGCAAAAACUGGCGAAGAAUUUUUGCCAACAUAUAAUACAACAAUUAGAAGAAAACCAAAAGCGCAGUGCCGAUCACAAAUGUAGCCCCUGUGACCCAAACUGGAGAUAUCACGGAGAUAGUUGCUAUGGAUUCUUCCGGAAAAACUUGACCUGGGAAGAGAGUAAGCGGUUUUGCUUUAACCAGAAUGCAACUCUUGUGAAGACUACCAGCAAGAACACUCUGGAUUACAUCAAAGACAGGACUGUUUUCAUUCGCUGGAUUGGAUUAUCCCGCCAGAAUUCUGAUAAGGUCUGGUUGUGGGAAGAUGGAUCAGUUCUCUCUGAAAAUAUGCUUGAGUAUUUUGAAGAUGGAGAAGAAAACAUGGAUUGUGCUUAUUUUCAUAAUGGGAAAAUCCACCCUACCUUUUGCAAGAACAGACACGAUUUAAUAUGUGAAAGGAAGGCUGGCACGAUGAAUGUGUACCUACUACUUUAAUGCCAAAAAGAUGGACAUGGUAUAAGACAAGAUUUUAUAUAAUAAAAUUUCUAUAUGAAAGAA